GUAAGAGGUGGUCAUUGGUGUUUCAGGACGCACUGAUCACCUCACACUGUUUCUCUCCUGUACCAGAAGUUGCCGCCGCUUUACGCGCAAACUUUUCCCCUUGUCACCACAAGUAUGGAUAUGUUUUAUCCAUGUUUUCAGGACUUCAGACGCUGAACCGCCCUGGUUCAUUCAGUACUCGUCCCAUAUUCUGGCUCCCAGUUUCCUCGGGAAAGCUAUUUGUCUUUACUAUAUAGCCUGCGUGUGUGUAGCGUAUUGUUUUGGUUUGCGUGCGCUGAGUGUGUGCGCUGUAUGUUCACUCCACGGGACUAAGCGCUGUCGGAAGGUGCGAUGAAGCUGCUCGCCUGGAGUUUGCUGAUCCUGAACCAGUGGAUUCUGCAGAAGGUUCAUGGCCUGGAAAAACAGGUUGGGAAAUCUUUGGAUUACCUGGAGAUAGGCCCAGCAGGGUCUGUCCUGAAACCCAUUCCUUAUGGUGGAGCUGGAGGAGGGGGCAUAGGGGCAGGUGGAGGAGUUAAACCCCCAUUCCAGACCUCCAGGAUAUUCUCCUCUAUGGACCACACACCUAUGAAAACCAAGCCUCCCACAUUUGGUUUACCGAACCCAUAUGAUUGGGCAAGGAACCAGUCCCAGUUCCUGGACCAGACAGGCUACCACUCCAAGCGCAAACCUAAUCAUAAAACUGCCAUGAAGACCAAGAAGAUCUUCGGCUGGGGCGAUUUUUACUUCAGCGUCAAGACCCUGAAAUUUAACCUGCUAGUGACAGGCAAGAUUGUGGACCACGUCAACGGUACGUUCACAGUUUACUUCCGCCACAACUCGUCCAGCCUCGGCAAUGUGUCUGUCAGCAUCGUCCCGCCAUCUAAAGUAGUGGAGUUCGAGGUGGUCCAGCAGCAGCAAAGUACCCUCCAUCAGCCUGAGAUCCAGUUUCACCAGCCUCAUCAGUCAACCAUCGAUCCCAAAGACAUCAAGACCUUCAACUGUCGUGUAGAGUACGAGAAGACCAACCGCUCUAAGAAGCCCAAACCUUGUCUGUACGACCCAUCUCAAACCUGCUUCACCGAACACACCCAAUCCAACGCCGCUUGGCUUUGUGCCAAGCCCUUCAAAGUCAUCUGCAUCUUUAUCUCCUUUUUCAGCAUCGACUACAAGCUUGUGCAGAAGGUCUGUCCAGACUACAAUUUUCAGAGCGAACAACCUUACUUUGGAUGAAGAGUACCAAAGCGAAUGAAACGAAGUAGAGGAUGACCAACAUAUGGGAUGUUGUUAUGUGUCGUGUGUCUCUUCUACUUUCUUAAGGUUAUACGGCUCCCAUAAUGGUCAAUAUGGUGGACAGUGAAGUUUUUACCAGGGUGCUGACGAGAGGUUUUUGUUUCAGGUUUUCUUUGUAUAUAUUGUGAACAAACCCAACUCAGUUAAGCUCAAUUAAAUGAAUAUUUGUUUAUUGUUUUGGGUUUUCUGUUGAAUUUUGUCUGUUUGACUGUUAGAAAUUUGGAACGAACAAAGUGAAUUUUGUAUUGUUCCUUUAUAUGACCCUGAGCUCUCAGAAAUGUCAUGAGGAUGAUAUUAAAUGUAAUGUAAGGAACAUAGCACUGAUUGUAACAGAUUACUGUAUUAACUGGAACAGAACCCAGUGAUAUUAUAUUGUGCACCUAAAAUUAAAGCAGCUCAUCAUCAAACCAGGGUGUAUUUUACUCUGGCAAACGUAAAGUGUAAAGCAAGACAUGAAGUGGACAUAGAUACUCUAUAUUAGGAAGGUAUUUUGCUGUCAUUGGAACAUCUGGCACACAUUAAACACAGCAUAUGCACCCAGAAAUUACCUAUACUGUAUGCAUAUAUGCCCAAAAUAUCAUUUGACGUUAGAUUCUAGUCUAUUAAUAAAAGCCGGGAGCAUUCGUUCUUCCCAAUACUGAAGUAAUUAUAAUACCGCAUAAUAUUAAUCUUGUUUUUGAUUCUCCUGUUAUCUAAAUAGUAGAACUUGGAUUCCAGCCAGUUGUUUAAAUGAAUUUUGCAUUAUGAAAAGAUGUGGGUGAUUAAAGCUGCUAUUCUAAAUCUUUAAAAAUGUAUAUGCAUUAGUUCAGACUCUGUGCCCUUAUCCACCCUAUAGAUAACCAGUGGAUGAGUGAAAAGUAACAUAUGUAAUGAAAGAGAUCACCUUUAACAUGUGUCUAGUGAAAGAAACAAUUAAAUAUUAUUUUUCUAUACCUGGCUUAAUUUUGACCAGAUGCAAAAUACAUGGGUGUUACUGAGUUGCUGACACAUAAAAAUGAUAUAUUCCCAUCUCAUCCUACUCCUUUUAUUUCAUUCCUUUUUUUAUUUGCACAGUAAAGCACCAAAAUAUAUUCUCUUAAUUUCUGGACAACCGAUUAGUCUGUGAAACAAGGAGGCUAAAGAAGAUGUGAAA